AUGAGGUUUGGCAAGAAAGGAAAAUUAAGCCCUCGGCAUAUAGGACCUUUCAAGAUCUUAGAAAGGGUUGGAGCGGUGGCUUAUCAUUUGGCGCUACCACCAGAUCUCUCGAAUAUUCACCCCGUGUUUCAUGUGUCCAUGCUUAGGAAGUACAACCCGAAUCCCUCUCAUGUAAUGCGGUAUGAGACCAUCCAGCUAAAAGAUGAUUUGACUUAUGAGGAGCAACCGGUAGCUAUCCUCGAUCGGCAAGUCAAAAAGCUCCGUUCAAAGGAAGUAGCAUCAGUGAAAAUGUUGUGGCGAAACCACACCAGCGAGGAGGUAACGUGGGAAGCCGAGGAAGAGAUGCGAACAAAGUAUCUCCAUCUCUUUGAUACUUAG